AUGUCGCAUCUCUGGGGAUGCAAUGUUGGCCUUGGCAAAUUUGCAUGUCAAUGGUUACCAUGCACUGUUGCUGUGACGUGGACGGGCCUGUCCGCCCCAUGACGGGUUGGAUGGGAGACCAAUACACCGUGAGCGUUCCGGGUCACGCACCUCUAAACACAUACCUGGGCGGAAAAUAAUGGCGGCCUGUGUUUCUCACCUGAGAAAUGGUGUGUGGUAGUGGUUUCACGUUUCCGUGGGAUCAAAUUCAUCACAGAUCGUAAUACCAUGUCAUGCGGAGGGUCCGAAUCAAUACAAGUUGCAAAUAUGUCGGGAGAAGUCAAGAGUGGCUACAUGAAAAAAUACACCGGCUUUAUGUUCAAGAGCUGGAAGCAGAGAUAUGUGACACUCUACGCAGACGGACAGCUGGCGAUAUUUGAGGCUCCCGGCUCGGCUGAAGGGGAGGUGGUGUCGAUGAGGAGGGAUUGUAGAAGCUUACAGGUUGGGUUUAACAUCCGGGACAGACCCAGUCCCCCUGACGGCGGCGGUUACGAUCAGAUGUUGGCUGUGGUGACCAAAGACAAGACUCACUUUCUCCUCGCUCCGGAUAAAAACGAACUCAAUGCGUGGCAUGAAGCACUCCAACAGGCCAAAUCGCCACAGACCUCCCCGGGCAGCCCACCAGGGUACCCGGGCCCCCCUCCACAGAUGAGAGCCGCUGGACCACCUCCUCCUGGCUCCUACCCACAAGCGCCUCCUCAUCCUGGUCCAUAUCCACCACCGCAAGGACCAUACCCGCAGGGGGCACCCUACCCGCAAGGGGCGCCCUACCCCCAGGGGGUUCCCCCACCCCGAGGGGCACCAUAUCCACAGGGAGUACCCCCACCGCAGGGGGCACCCUACCCACAGAGAGCUCCCUACCAAAGACCUCCCCAGCCCAUGGGCGGCGGUGGCUAUCCGCGUCAGCAGGGCGGCAUCGUGUACAGCCAGCAGCCGGCCGGCGGUCAGACCGUGGUGGUGAACCAGCAGCGUGACCGGGGCGGCGGCGGCAUGGGCGACAUGGCCACGGGCAUGCUGAUCGGGGCUGCCGCCGGGUACGGGAUGAGUCGCAUGGGCGGCUAUGGGUACGGCGGGGGGUGGGGACACGGCCAUUACGGCGGGUAUGGGGGGUAUAGUGAUCACCACGAGGAUAACGACACUUAUGAACAUAACGAAACAAACAUCACAGAGAAUCACUACCAUUACUAUGGUGAGGACCAGGGUGGAGGGGAGUUCGACCAGGGUGGAGGGGGUUAUGAUGAUGGAGGGGGUUUUGAUGAUGGUGGUUUUGACGAUGGAGGUGGGUUCGAUGAUGGUGGAGACUUUGGUGAUUGUGGUGACUAGUGAAUGUCAGCCUUUUGUCUUCUUUGUACAAAGUAAGACCAAAGCACAAGCGCUCAACAGUGUAAAUAUCUAUGUCACAAAACACCAAGACAAAAAAUGUACCAGUAGUCUUGAUACUAGUUGUACAUAGCCAAGACUGUGCAGUAUGUUUUAGUAUUUCCAUUUUGUUGUUUGAUAACUGGACGUUUCGUUGUUUUGUAAUGAAGAAUCACGCAUUGCAUACUAAGUAUUCUACUAAUGCAAGCUGGCUGUUGACUUGAUGGCCCACUUGCGAACAAUAUUGUUUUUGUUUAUUUCUUAAUGAUAUGCUACAUUACCACAAAAGAAUGUCAUAACACCUUGUGUCCAUCUGUUAAAAUAUACAGUAUAUAGGGAGAGAACACAGUUUAGAUCUCCAGUGCCUUCAGCUAUUCGAAAGAUAUUUCAAUAAAGUAAUUGUUCUAGACUUCUAGUAUGUUUCUUCAUUCAAGUUUUAUAAAGAACUUCACUACAUUUGUUCUGGCAAGUUUGAUAAAGAACUUGAUAAUAGACUAAAUGUAGAAAGAAUCUUAGAACAUGACAAUGCAGUACAGUUUUAUCACAUCUAUUCAACUACGCAGUUUCAUCAGAUACAAAGAUGUAGAAAAGAAGCUGUGUGCACAGGUGGAUGAGCAGUUCAUACAUCAUGAUUUCAGAGCUACAUAUCCUUCUUAAAGUUCAUUUAGACAACAAAACAAGUUAUGUUCUAUACCUGUGACAAAGUUCCCAAAAAGCUUGUAUCCUUUACAAAAUGUAGCUCUAAGUGUGAACACAUUUGGUUGGGGAAAAAAGAA